AUGACCACAACGAACAACAAGUCUGAGGGCCGGCCACCGGAGGCACAGGCGCUGGCCGUCGAGCCACAGGUGCCCAUCAAUGACAGGCAUAACAAUGCGGUCGACAACGAAGUGGUCCCUCAAGAAGACAAUACGAUUAGGAAAAAACCAAAAAUGAAUAAAAAAUCGCAAUUACUUCGAGAAAAGAAGGAAGAGUUGGAAAGAGCAGCUGUGAUACCGGCGCCUAAAGACGCCUCAAGCUAUGGCGAAAUGGGCAAACCUGUCGUAUUAACCAAUAUUUCGACUGAAAUUCAGCGCAAAAUAGAUAAGGGAUGGGAAAGCAAUGCAUUCAAUCAAUACAUCAGUGAUUUAAUAUCAAUUGAACGGAAACUGCCAGACGUUAGAGAUCCA